CUCAGCGGCCGCGCAGCCGGAAACUGGCCGCUCGGCUUCCUCAGGCCGGAUCCGGGCCCGGCCGACCUGUGGGCGGGGCGGGGAAGCGGGGCUUCCGCCUUCCUGCUUCCGGCCUGGCGCUUAUAGAAUUUUAACCUUCUCUCAGAAGUGUGUGGUAGAGCUAAAGAAGAAGACAACCAACCAGGGGUCAUCCUUCUGAAACUGUAAUUGGCUCACUAAUCCAGGACAAAGUUAGAGAUCACAACUCAAGCAUAAGUCCCCUUUUCUUAACACCGUUACAAAGAUGUUUGACAUAAAAGCUUGGGCUGAGUAUGUUGUGGAAUGGGCUGCAAAGGAUCCAUAUGGCUUCCUUACAACCGUUAUUUUGGCCCUUACGCCAUUGUUUCUAGCAAGUGCUGUACUGUCCUGGAAACUGGCCAAGAUGAUUGAGGCCAGGGAAAAGGAGCAAAAGAAAAAACAAAAACGCCAAGAAAAUAUUGCAAAAGCUAAACGACUGAAAAAGGAUUGAAGGAAUGAACAGGCUCUGCAACCAGAGGAAACUCUUUUGGGAAAUUAUGCAGCUUUGGAAGGACCCUGUAAGGUUUCUUAUCUGGAUUUAUGAUAGUAUUUAAUAAACAAAGCCUGAGCAUAUGGAAGAAUCAUGUUAGUUCUGACCGCUACUGCAGCAGCUUUUAGGCUUCUGAAUAGAAGUCUAUUGACAGUUAUUUAUUAUGCCAAAAAUGCUUUCUAACUGACUUAGUCAUUUGCCAUUUUGCAGCUUAAUACAUCCUGUGGAGAAAAAAUGACUUUAGAUUAUGAACUCUACUCAAAUACUGGCUCAAAAAGGGUCCUGUUCUGGACAAAGGAAACUAAGAAUGUAAAAAUGAGAACUGUCCUGAGGUGAAAAGUAUGUUUUGGCUUAAAAAGAGAUACAGCAUAUUAAUUAUAUCUUUUGUCAUUAUUACUUAUAUCUUAGAAUCAUUUCUGGCUUUCUCAAAGCAAUUAUUAUUAAUCAGUGAGUACUUCAUUUUCUACAUUUUCCUCAUUCUAGCCUUCGAGAGACUGGUAAUUAUCAGACAUUCUGUCUUUUUUAAAAUCUAAUUUUAUAAAAAAUUCAUCUUGACUGUAUAGAGUACCACCUACUAACAGUUUUUGUACUUAUGAACACUGCCAUUUACUUAGAGAUGACUUGUUGAAUAGAGUAACUCUGUGAUUUAAAGCUUGCAGUAAAAAUGCUAACCCUUGUACUUUGGAACCAGUUUAUUCUUCCUCGUGCUAAGAAAUGUGAAGUAGUUAAAAUGUCUUAUCUGAUAAUUUGCUGAUUAUAUAGAUACCUCUUUUAAUUUUUAUUCCAUUUCUUGAACUCAUGUAGUGAUGUUCUAUAAUUUUUGAUCAAACAAGUUCACGGUGAAAAUUAAAAUUUCAAUUUUGUUUUCAAGGAACGCUAAAAGAGUAUGUCAUAUUUCAUAAGUUAAGUGCAUGGUCCAAAAUUUUACUUGCUAUCACUAUUUAAUAGCUCAUUAAUAUUUUCCUCAUCCUGAUAAUGAAUUCUAAAUUACAGAAAUUAUCCAACAGCUUUAAUUUUAAAAUGAAAGUAGAUAUUGAAAUAAAAUUGAUACAUUUUUAUAAGGGGCUUUAGUUUUUUUGGGGGGCGGGGUAAUUAAAUAAUUGAAGUUAGUUAUGUUAUGGAAGUUAGACUUUUCAAAGCGUUAUGAAUUUCAUUUGUAAAUAAGCAUACUUGUAAAAGUUGAGGCUAAUGUUUCUUAAAUGAGAACCUAGGACCCAACCAAGUAUGUUUAUGGACCGGUAUGGACAGUACUACCACUAGGUUGUCAGUUCCUACCUGAUGCCAUUGUAAACAACACAUUGCAACCUAGGCACUGAAAUAACCCAGUGUUUAGUUAUGAGCUAGUAAUUCAGGUGAUCAAGAUAUGCUUUUUGUAUUAUUGAAAUGAAAACAAUACUUUAAAAAAAUGCUUAGGUUUAACUACUGACCCUCGUGUCUGCAUAAGCCAGUUUAAGAAAAAACUAGGUUAAGAUAUAUCUAAAAUGCUUUUGGGUUUCUGCCAUCAAGUUGUUCACAAAAGGUAUUUAUAUACAUAGGUCUCACUUAUGGCCACAUUUUAGAGUAAAAGUACUACCACAAAAGAAAUAUUCCUCUUAAUUCUUAGUUAUCUAUUAAAGCUGUGGUUUCAUUGGU